UGUCCAUGUUUAAUCUGCAUUAGUAAUUUAUCACUUAGUUGCAUAUAAAAGGUCUGCAGAAAUAAAACACACACUAACUUAAAAGGGUCAUACUGUAUCCAUCCAUCUGUUUUCCAAACAGUUUGUCAUUAUGUAGAAGUUAUAUCAGUCAAAAAACCCACCCAGCUUAGUCCAUCACAGAGCUAACAAUAACUACAAUAAGAAUACACCUUCACAGUUUAGCGCAUCUGAUUCAGCUGUUCUGCAUGGUCUUGUAUUUGUUCUCUGUGGGAUGUUCUCAUGUGUCAUGUUGUCACUGAUUCUCUGGUUCUGUGUGUCUUGUUCUCAUUAGAUGGUUUUGUGGUCCCCUGUGUCAAGCAUAAAAGAUAUCCAUGCCUACUCCUUUAUGCUGAUAAUUGUAUAGCUGUUCCCUUGUUUCUAGUUCCUGUGUUUUCCAAGAUUAACCCGUGGAUAAAACCUUUGACUGUUUCCGUCUUUUGAUUGUUUGCCGCCAUUCAUGCUAUUUUUGCCACAUUGCGUUGUUUACAGUUUUGUUACAAACACAUGUGUCUGUUCUUUGUUGUACACAGAUAUGAUCAUUGAAAAAACAAGGCAUAUUCUGAAAAGUGUCACUAAAAGUUCAUAUCAAAUCGAUAAAGAUAGACGGAAGAAGGCAAUCAUAGGGAUUUUUGGAAAAUCAGGAGAAGGGAAGAGCUCUCUUUUAAGUGCAAUCUUGGGGAAAAAGGAUCUCUUACCGUCUGGUUGUUUUGGUGCCUGUACAGCUGUUGUUACUCAGGUGGAAGCCAAUAUAGAUGACUCCAACUACACAGCAGAGAUUGAAUUCAUCUCUAAAACGGAGUGGGAAGAAGAGCUCAGUGAACUUUUCAGGGAUAUAAACAACGAUAGUGGUGACAGGAAUGAGGAGUUGAUUAAAAGUGCUGUAGAAAAGAUAACUGCACUGUAUGGAGCUGAUGCAGACCAGAAAACAUUAGAAGAGCUCAAGAAUGAUGAAAAGUUUGCUGAGAUUGAAACCUUUUUGUCUCUCCAUAAAGAAGAGUAUCUAUUCAUUUCAAACAGUAAUCUCUCUGAUUUUACCAGCGAGGUUGCAAAUUACAUCCAACACAGUGCGUCAAGUCCUGGCGGCUGGUUCUGGCCGCUGGUGAAGAGCGUGACCAUCAAGAUACCAGACUGUCGUGAACUCCUGGAGCACAUUGUGCUUCUUGAUCUUCCUGGCACUGGAGACUGCAACAAGAUAAGAAAUGACCUGUGGAAAUCUAAACUGAGAGAGUGCUCUUCAGUGUGGAUUGUAAGUGCUAUCAAUCGUGCGAUCACUGACAGAGACCCCUUGGGGUUACUGAAGCACUGCAUUGAAGAACUGGGACCAGGAGGAAAAUGCAAAAGCAUUAACUUCAUCUGCACAAAGACUGAUGAAAUAAGUCCAGCAUCAUAUAUGAGAUCUGCACGACUUUCUAGAGACCAAAUCCCAGAUGACAAGGAUCAGGGAAAAACAUGCAUACUUCAUAGAAAUGAACUUGCCAAGACAAAGGUCAAAGAAAAGUUUGACCAUUCUGAAAUUAAGAACAUUUUAAAUACCAACAAUCAGUUUCAAGUUUUUACUGUGAGUUCCAAUGCAUUCUUUGAUCACAAUUUAAAUCUGGAAUCAAGUGAAACAGAAAUCCCAAAGCUGCAGGAUGAUCUGAAGAAUCUUAACAAGAGCACUAACAGAGAACUGGCCAGAGAUUAUGUCAAUAAAGCAAAGGGAAUUUUGUCCUUGAUCCAAAGUGGCCAGCUGGAUAAAGACAAGAAAACGAUUGAAAUGAAAUUCAGCAUCAUCAGAGAAUUUGAGAAGAACUUAAAGGAGUCACUAACAGCACUUGAAACGUUUUUUGACAGCAUUCAUAAUGAUCUGGAGCAGCAUCUCUCUGAGGGAGUGGAAGAAUCUGUAAAAUCAUGUGUUGAUUCCACAACGAAAUUAAUAGCACCUAAUAAGGAUGGAAGGGGGUUUCAUAAAAUCCUUGGAGCAUUUUGCAGGAACUAUGGAUUCUACUGGUUAAAAUCUCAGAAUGUUGUUCUAGACCUGAACAAGACAUUGGCACAACAUUUGCACAAACAUAUUUAUAAUGAUUUCAGUCAAACUUUUCCUGUUGAUGGAAAAACAGGAAAGUCAGUGCAGGAACAGAUUGAUAAGUUCAGCAUCAUCCAGAGUGACUCUGUUUACACCAGUUCUGACAUUCCAUUCCAACACAUGCUCAACUACAUCAAAACUGAGGAAACCAAACUGAAGGCAGCCCUCAAAAGAGACAUUGUUGACAUGAAGAAGGACAUCUUCUCAUCAGUUCAAAUAACCAUUGUGAAAGAAAUGGCUUCUUGUUAUCAGCAAGCUGCAGCUGUGAGAGGAACAGGAUCCAUGAAGAUGAAGCAAGACAUUUUAAUAACCAGAGUCGAUGAUAUAAAACAAGACAUGUUCAACAAAGCAAAAAAGGAAAUGCUUAAAAAGUUCACUAACUUAAAGCUGUAUGUAUUGAAUACUAUUAAAACUGAACUACAGGAAGUAAUAGAACGCUCACAAUCACAAACCAGCGAAAUGACACGGAUGGAUGUCUCUAGAGAGAUUGAAGAACUGGAAAGACUUCUGGAGCAACUGUCUGACUGAUGCUCAUCAAGCAAGAACUCACAUAAGAAACAUAACAAUGUGGCAACAAGUAACAGUCAAGUUUUACAACAAAUAGUUUUCACUCAAAUGUUAGAUGUUUAUUUAAGUUUGUUUGGUGGAAGAUGUAUUUCAUAUUCAGUUGAUCAUUUUCAUACAAUUUCUAAACCUUUUUUUUAUUUUAUAUGCAUGAUACACAAACUUCGUCAGUGAAAUGUUUGUAGCUGUCUGACUGUAAAGAUUUACUGUAUAGAUUAAGUGCAAAGGUCUUUCUGAAACAGAUGCAGUAGUGACCGUUAAGAAAGGAUGUCAAGAUAUUUCUAAUGUCUUGAUUUAUUUACUGUGCUAGAUAAGCUUUACGCAUGAAGUCAGAAUGAAAAUAUCUGAGAUGUGUCACAAGAAAAAGAGGACUGGGCUUGUUUUUCAAGCAUGAAUGGACUGCGUGAAGUGUAUAAAGUUUGCUAAUUGCUGCGGGUGUGAGGGACAGAUUGAAACAUUGAAACUUACUUUAUCAGGUAAUAAUAUGUUUGCCAUGGGAUGCAAAAUACGUUUUUUUAGGCCUAUGACAGGCAUUAAACUAAAAAAUACACUAAAACCACAUAACAAAAUUUUGGUAAGUCUUUUUUUAAGUCAAAAUUAAAAUGUGGUAAGUCUUAUUUACUGUAAUGUAACAGGUUAUAGCUAGCAAGCAGCUUACUGUUUCCUUUUAGUGGCUGACGUUAUUUUGUUUUCUGUGUCUUUCUGAAUACAGACACCAAUCUCCUGCACAGCCUGGAACGUAACAUUUAUUUCAUGAUUUGCCAUUUUUUGCUGUUAUCCUUACUUGAUUCUGUACAGUCUCUGCAGGACUUCUGAUUGGCUGUGCAGGUCUUGCUGGCCUAAAAAGGCAGGUAUAUAAAAAUUAAAGGUGCCAUAAAAAUCUUUCUAUGACACCUUUAAAUACCUUUAAUGCGAAGAUAUGAUGCAGCAAGGUUUUUUUGUUUUUUUUUAAAAUAUAAACAUGAUGGGUUUUUUUUUUUUUUGAGCUAUUAAAAUCAUAAUGUAUAGAAUUAUAUUUGGCAUCCCAGGAGUUCUUAGGACACAUAAAUGUGCACUCAAAAAUGUGUUCAAAUGCGCACAUUAUGUAUAAUAUAAUAUAUUUAAAACAGACAAUAUUUUUUGGUUUCAUGAGCAUUACGUACUGCUCUGUUUAUGUACUUGCGGUGAGGAGGAGUUGAAUGUCAACAUUAGUCUUCCUGGUAGAACCUUUGCUAAAGCUUUCAUUUCUGUAUCUUAAAUAGUCUGAGGGUGAGUACAUUUUCUGCAUAUUUUUGGGUGAACUAUUCCUUUAAGUGUAUUAUUUUUAUAAAAGGAUAACCUAGAGAUGCACAUAGAAAAAACAAACGAUCAUUUCCUAUCUUAGUCUUGAAAAUUUUGCCUGCAGACAAAGAACACAGUGUCCCUUUGCUUUAUUUCAUGGCACUUUGGUGUUUAUGUAAUAAAUAAACAAACGUAUGCUAAAAUA